CUCGCCGGUCCCAGCGCACUUAAGUGACACGCAGAGGGCGCAGACACCGGACCUAGCCUGCAGGAGCACGGCGGUCCUGCCGGGCCUACAUCUCCAGGUGCGCGAGCCCGCUGUCCCGCUGGGGCGAGGGAGCCGGGGCCGCGCGGCAAGACGCGCGCUGACCAGCGGGGCCCACGGCGCCGGGCGCGGCGAGCCACUCCGCGGCCCGGCCUCCCCGAGUCUGACGGGCUCUGUCCCCGGUGACCACCUCUGUCAGGCUCGGGCGUCGGCCCCCUGCUCGCUCCGGCUAGACUGUCGCGACGUCGGAGUAAUUCCGGAGUCUCCCACCGCCAAUUCUUCCCUUACCCAGGCCUCGGGAAAUUUGCCGCGGAAACGAAAGUAAAUUAAGUCUGGGUGCGUCUGCGCGGAAGGAGCGGCUGCCACAUCCAGGGCACAUCUCCGAAGGGGGAAAAAGUGGUGCAUUUUUGGACAUUCUGAGGCUUCAUAAGGAAACCAGACAUGUCCUUGGAUGACAUUAAGAUGAAAUCUAGUGACUUUUUGGAGAAGGAGCAUCUUGACAGCGGGGGCUUUGGAAAGGUGUCUUUGUGUUUACACAGAUCCCAUGGACUCGUAAUCCUGAAAAAGGUGUACACAGGCCCCAAGUGUACUGAGUACAACGAGUCCCUCCUUGAGGAGGGCAGGAUGAUGCACAGGCUGAGACAUAAUCGGGUGGUGAAGCUCCUGGGUGUCAUCUUAGAAGAAGGAAACUACUCCCUGGUGAUGGAGUACAUGGAAAAGGGCAACCUGAUGCACGUUCUGAAAGCGGAGGUCAGUAUCCCCCUUUCUGUAAAAGGAAGGAUAAUUAUGGAAACCAUUGAAGGAAUGUGCUACUUACAUGGAGAAGGAGUAAUACACAAGGACCUAAAGCCUGAAAAUAUCCUCGUUGAUGAUGACUUUCACAUUAAGAUAGCUGAUCUUGGCGUGGCUUCCUUUAAGACGUGGAGUAAACUGACUAAAGAAGAAAAUAAUGAGCAGAGAAAAAUGAAUAAUAGCGCCCCUAAGAAAAAUGGUGGAACCCUCUGCUACAUGGCCCCUGAGCAUCUGAAUGACAUCAACGCAAAACCCUCAGAGAAGUCAGAUGUAUACAGCUUUGGCAUAGUACUUUGGGCAAUAUUUGCGAAUAAGGAGCCAUAUGAAAAUGCUAUCUGUGAGCAGCAGUUGAUAAUCUGCAUUAAAUCUGGGAACAGACCAAAUGUGGAAGACAUCAUUGAGUACUGCCCAGAGGAGAUUAUCAGCAUCAUGAAGCAAUGCUGGGAGGCGGAUCCAGAAGUUCGGCCAACAUUUGCUGGUAUUGAAGAAAAAUUUAGGCCUUUUUAUGUAGAUCAAUUAGAAGAAAAUGUAGAAGAGGAUGUGAAAAGUUUAAAGAAAGAGUAUCCAGACCAAAAUUCAUUUGUGAAGAGAAUGCAUUCUCUCCAGAUUGACUGUAUAGCAAUACCUCCAAGCAGGUCAAAUUCAGCCCCAGAACAGCCCAGUUCUCUGCACAGUUCACAAGGGCUUGGGAUGGGCCCUGUGGAGGAAUCCUGGUUUGCUCCCUCCUUAGAGUACCAGCAGGAGGAGAAUGAGCUCAGCUUGCGGAGUAAACUCCAGGAGGAAGCCAACUACCAUCUUUAUGGCAGCCGCAUGGACAGGCAGACAAAGCCACUCAGACAGAAUAUGGUUUAUAAUAGAGAGGAGGAAAGGAGACGAAGGGUCUCCCAUGACCCGUUUGCACAGCAGAAACCCUAUGAGAAUGUUCAGAACCCAGGAGUAAAAGGCAUUCCUUAUUCCAGUGCAACCGGUCAUGGUAAUGCAGUACACCAACCAACAGGGCUAACCAGCCAACCUCAAGUACUAUACUGGAACAAUGGAUUGUACAAUCUGUAUGGUUUGGGAGCAAGACCGUUGGAUCUGGGAACACCAAGUCCAAGAGUUUGGUAUGGACCAAAUCCAAGCCAUAUGCCAAGUGUGCAUAAAACUCCGGUGCCUGAGACCAACCUACUGGGAAACACACCCACCAUCCCAUUCAGCUCUUUGCCAUCAAGAGAUGAGUCUAUAAAAUGUAACAUAUACAACAGCGCUGGCAUUCAGGUUGGAGACCAUAAUUAUAUGGAGAUUGGGGGAUUGAAUUCAGCACUACUGGAAAGCACACACGUGAACUUGAAAGAAGAGCCAGCUUCUAAGUACCAAGAUAUCUUUGAUAAUAUCACUAGUCUGACUGAUAAACAUCUGGACCCAGUUAGGGAAAAUCUGGGAAGGCAAUGGAAAAACUGUGCACGUAAGCUGGGCUUCACUGAAUCUCAGAUUGAUGAAAUUGACCAUGACUAUGAGCGAGAUGGACUAAAAGAAAAGGUUUACCAGAUGCUCCAAAAGUGGCUGAUGAGAGAAGGCAGUAAGGGAGCCACAGUAGGAAAGCUGGCCUAUGCACUCUACCAGUGUUCAAGAAUAGACCUUCUGAAUUAUUUGAUACACAUCAGCCAGAGCUAAUUCCAGAAAAGGCUUUGGCAGCAUAAGGUAAUCUCACUUAGUAACACAGUGAAAAUGUGCUGCCUCAGAAUGUUCAGAAUUCUUUCCUUCCUGAUAGAGGUUCUAUGUCUGCAUAAAAUUCUCCUGCAUCCCAUAGCUGGAGCAUGGGAAAGAAAUCUAGAGCAAACAACCCACUAACCAGGAAGACCUAUUAAUGGUCAAGCCCCGCCCCCCCCCCAAAAAAAAAGCCUAAUUGGGUUUUGAAAGGGAGAGGAGAGGUAUUUGAGGAAGAUAAUUUUCUUUCAGUAUACUCCAUAACCUUCAGUGAUGCUAUUCAUUUCAUUUCCUGGAGUUUUGUUUGAGAAGGAAAAGCAAAUUCACAGAAAUGUAAACUAAGUCAACUUUCUUACCUUAUGCUCUCUUCUCCAUGUAGGCUCCAAUUAUAACCAGAGUACAGUGAAAUUGCGAGUUCUCUUCAAAUAGUUUUUUUUUUAUUAAAACUACAGUUCAUGCCAAAGCUAUAAGGUCUGUUAACUUCAGUAUCAAAUGUUGUAUCAGUCACUACAG